GAGAAGCCUAAAUCAAUAGCAAACUCAAUCUCUACAGAUACAGAAAAGCAUCAACUGACUAACAAGUUUGCACCACCAAUCGAAAUGGAGACCUACAAGAAAAAGCUUUUGGGUCCAUCGAUACUAAAAUCGAAUAGCGACUUGUUCUGGUGGCUUCUCAAUAAGCCAAGCCUAGAAACGAAGACAAAGUUCACUCUUACUUAGGCAUUUUAUCGAACACGUUGCAGGCAUAUGCAAAUUUAGAACUCUCAAGACACAUCGGAGUGCCAUUACAUAUAAGAUCGUACCAUUUAAUAGAAGCAGCGAAGAAGAGUUUACCUCAGGAUGCGGAGACACGCAGUCGUAUGCAUUAUAUGAAUCCGCAUCGUCAUUAGUCAUUACUCGGGCGCCGCUCUUGAUCAAUGAUUUGUGCAUGCCGACCUUUGUUGAUCGAGUUGUCACAUCACAUCGACCCCAAGUGAUGUUUCAGAUUAUACCCAUUUGGAUUUUCGUACUCUUUCAUGCGAUUGGUCGACAAUUACAAUAUUCUACAGCCUCGAAACACCAUGACUUGAUUCGUUGCUUCGAUUGGUUCCCUAAAACUUUUUACAGUGAGUGAAAAUAUGAAAUCUUCUCAGCAUUUGACCUCUGUAUCAUUUAUGAAGAAGACGGUAGGGGAUGCACCUGUCAUACAAUCCAAAGCAGGGGUAUUAAGAAAAAGAUGCCUUUUUAUGGUUUGAAUUGGCAGAAGAAUCAGGGCAUGUGGCAGAUACGUGUCAAGAAACUGAAACAGAUUGCCAUGUUUUUAAUAGAGUCCAUGGCAGUUACGGUAUUAGUAGUCCCACAUACUACUGCUCUUCUUCUUCAUCUCUCUUAUUGUUUCCUCCGCUUCAACAGCCACAUGCAUGCACUUCGCUUGGCUUUUCCUUUCUUCAAUUCCACAAUGAGAUCACACUCACACUCAGAGACCUGAUUCCUGCUCUCAAUUAUGCUACGCAAUGGCACUUGUUGAAUCAGAAAGCAUGGGCUACGUUGACAACAUUAAACCAGAAUCCCAAUCACAACAGCCAUUACAAGACGAGUCCAUGAAGGCUGAUCCAAACAAUGUAGCUUCAUUUAACAAGCAGAGUUCAAUCUUGUCGCUCACCCUCGAUGAAAUCCAGCUCAAGAGUGGGAAGAGUUUCGGGUCCAUGAACAUGGACGAGUUCCUAGCCAAUUUGUGGAGUGUCGAUGAGAAUCAACUUCCCCCGCAGCCUAUGUUACAAAACGAACCAACCAACUAUACCAAUGGCAUUGCGAAUCAAGCAACUCUGCAGCGGCAAGCUUCUUUAUCGGUCCCUGCCACUCUUUGCAAGAAAACUGUUGAUGAAGUGUGGUUUGAGAUCCAAAAGGAGCACAAUCCUAACAAUGUGUGUCGUGUUCGUGGACCUCCUCAGCGCACACAGACCUUGGGAGAGAUGACAUUGGAAGAGUUUCUAGUACAAGCAGGGAUCGUUCAAGGCGCUCCGAUGUCUUCUCAGCAACGAAUGGUAACAGCUAUUCAAAGCAAUAACAAUGGCAACACUACUGCUUGUUUGGAUGCAAACUUCCAAAUGGGGCAUGUGUUGGGGAUAGGCUUCUCGGCUCACCCAAGCCUUAAUGGUUUUGCGACGUACCAAACGUUCUCACAAAACAAAAUGUUAGGAGGAGAAUCAUCCAGCAAUGGUACUGCAAAUGAAAAUUGCCAUCAUAAUUUGAUGGACUCCAACGGGCAGAAGAACAAAAAGAGGAUAAUUGAUGGUCCUCCGGAGAUUGUAGUGGAGCGAAGACAACGCAGGAUGAUAAAAAACCGCGAGUCUGCUGCCAGGUCUCGCGCUAGAAAGCAGGCUUACACAGUAGAAUUGGAGCUGGAGUUGAAUCUACUUAAAGAAGAGAAUGCUAAGCUGAAACAAAUUGUGGAGGAAAUUGAGCAGAAAAGGAAGCAAGAGGUUAUGAAUAAGAAGAAAACAACGAUGGCGCAAAAGAAAGCUUACAAGUUGAGGACAAUGAGAAGGACAUUGAGCUUAUCUUGGUGAAUGCGAUCGAGCAUGAGAGAUCAGUUUAAACAUCUUCUUCAGUAGAUAGUAAAGAGUGAUAUAUAUAUCCUAGCAUAGUAAUAUACUACAGUGUCAAUUUGUCAUCGACAUUGUGUAUAAAUAAGUAGGUGUAUCUGCAUGUAAUAUAUGUGUGUCACCAUGCAUUAUAUGUAAAUUAAUUUUACUUAUAAUACCACU